AUGUCACGCCGUUCCGGUAGAUCUAAAACAUACUCUGAUCAAUCAGAAUUGAACUCAGAGUUUCCAGAAGAUGAUGAAAUUAAUAAUUAUGAGGCAGAAGCAGAGGAUGAAGUCGAUGAAGAGCAAGAAGUGACGAGAUGCAUUUGUGGACAAGACGAGGUCAAUACUCGAGGUAUAAACCCACAACUACAUGCCUUACUAUGGAAAGAGUAUCAAAUCAAGAUUGAUAAUGGUUUGUUUAUCCAAUGUGAUAAAUGCUCUGUAUGGCAGCAUGGAUAUUGUGUUGGUUUAUUCAUAAAUGAAGAUGUCCCUGAGAAGUAUUGGUGUGAAAUAUGCAAACCGGAUCUCCACAUAUUCAUAUAUGAUAAUAACGAGAUAGUGAGGUCUUUAUACAAGCCUGUUAAUGAUAAGCGUAAAAAAUUAUUAGUUGAAAACAGUAUUAGUCAAGAAAAUAACAAUAAGCGGAAUAAAGCCAAACGUCCAGGACAGUCUAAUUCUUCUCCUGUGUCAGCAUCGGAGAAUAGCAAACUCCCACGAAAAGAACGCAGGCAUUAUGAUGAAAGUUAUGACGAACAAUUACAACAAGCUUUGAGAGAAAGUGCUAAGGAGAGUGGUAUAUCAUAUGAUUCUAAGGCUAAAAAUAAGCGCAAGAAGAGUGGAGAUUCAAGCGAUACAAACAAAAAACUCAAACAUGAGUCCGAGCAAGAUCAAUCAAAUGCAGAGGAGACCGAAGUUAAUGAUGAAUCAAAAGAAGAGUCCAGAUUGAAGAAACUGAAGAUAAAACCCAAAAGUUCAAAAUCCAAAGCCACCAAGGGCACUUCUACUACUGAUUCGACUCUGUCAACUUUGACGAAAGAAGAGCUAAUAAACCAAGCAUCGAAACCUAGGUAUGUCAAUGAAAAAUCUUCUAUUUAUGAAUUAAGGAAACGAACAGGAGCAAUUUUAGAAUGGCUAGGUAGAUCACAACUUGAAUUGGAGGAGGAAAAACUUAAUAAAAUCGAGUUAUUCAGCUACAAGGACAAAAUUGAUUUGAACCAACAACAAAUUGAACAAGACAACAAUAAAGUUAUUGAAGGCUUUAAUGAAAAUUUACAAUUAAUGGAGAAAUUAACCGAAAAGAUACUAAAUUGGGAACAACAGUUUGGUAAAUAUGCUCCAUAG